AUGGCACCGGCGGGCGGGAGCGGGAGCGGGAGCGGCGCCCGGAGCUGGCCGGCGGCGGCUCUGCUGGGUUUCCAUCUCUUCGCCAUGGCUGUCACCUUGGAGGUCUCAGUGGGGAAAAACCACCUUGUGAUGGCUCUGAACGGCUCAGAAGUGCAGCUGCCCUGCAUCUUCACCACCUGCAUAGGCUUCAAGGACCUUGACUUCACUUGGUAUUACAACAGCACUGAAGUGAUAUACCAUGGGAAUAUAAAGAACAAAGCAUCCGAGCCGACGAUGCUGUACGCAGACCCUCGGGUUCGGUUAAUUGGCACAACCACUGGGAGGGAAAACAACAUCUCCAUCUCCAUAUUUGUGGACUUUGACGACGCUGGGAAGUACACCUGCCAUGUGAAGAACCCAAAGGAAAUGAAUGCUGAACACAAUGCCACCAUCAUCCUCAAGGUGGUCCAGGAGAUGGUACCCAUGGACAACACGCUGACGCGUAUCAUUGUGGGAACUGUGGGCGGGCUUGUCGGCCUCCUCAUCCUCAUCCUCAUCAUCAAGAAAAUCGUCCUGCUCAUCCUCAAAAAGUCUCAGGAGAAGAAGAAGGAGUGUCUCGUGAGCUCCUCAGGGAUCGACAACACUGAGAAUGGUCUGGCAGGCUCCAAGGCGGGACAGAAAGCUCCACCAAAGGCAUGAAGCAAACUCAGUCUGACCCAUGAGGCAGCAAAACUCUAAUGGCGGGGGGAGGGGCAAUCUAUUGUAUUUUGAAACUAACCAUGUUUGAGCCAUCUCUGUAUUACACACAGGCCUGCAAUUUGCGCCGCUUCUCAGCCCAGACUUGGAAUGCUGUGUGGCCUGGGAGCAGGCAGCUCUAUUCUCUCUGGGAGGAAGUGGGUACUCCCUGCGAUGGAGCUUGAGCUGGGGUGGGUGUGUGUUUUCAUGUGGUGCGUGCGAAAGAGCGGCUGGGUUGUCACACACAAACGGCGUGAGGGCACUGAGCAGAAACGGUGCCUUGCGAAGCUGAGAGGGGGUGGGUGUCUCCUGCCUGGCUCCCAGGGGUGCUAACCUCUGGGAGGAGGCUGUGCAUCAGGCAGAGGGCAGCUAGUUCCUGGAGCACAGCCCGCUGGAGCGCAAGGCUGCAUGGAAGACUAGCAGCAGAGAGAGAUGCUCCUGUCCCUGCCUGAGCAUGGGGCUGGCUCAAGGAGGAAGGGGGCUCUGCUGCCAUUCCAAGCACACUUCUGAACCAAAUGCCCAAUGCCACCUUUACCAAGCCUGGCUUUAAUCUCUUUUCCUAACUGGAUGAGGUAGCAGCGGGGCCCCUGCUGCUGCUCCUGGGAUGAGCUCUCCCUCCCCUGCCAUUUCCAUUCCACCCCAGCCGGUGAGCUGCCCACUCGGUCAGUCUGGGCUUGUGCAGCUCUGUGGUACAGUCACCAGCUGCAGUUGGUGCCAAGGGUGGAAUACGCUGCAGUCAGGGGUGGCUGUAGUCACGGGGGGGCAAUGUCAGUUAGUUACAUACAGCAGCCAUUCACCUGCUACCCUGUGUGAUUGCUAUGGGCCUGGAUCUCCACUGCCUUGCCCCUGGUGUCCUCACUUGCACUAGUGCAAGGGGAGUGCAGAGCACUGCCAGUCCGACUUCCUUUGCACAUGGCUGCACAAGGUGCAGAGGUCCUGUGUCUGGCUGCCUGGCAAACCUGCCCUGUGAGCUCUGCGUGGAAAAGCUGGGUCAAUAGUAAAGUGUUGGGGGGAGUAAGGGGAAGGAUUCAUUCCUCUCCCUGCACUUUGUCACUGGCACUCACCUGGCUCAUGGUGAGGGCACUUGUCCUGCUCUGGGGUGUUCCCUGUCCUGCUGGCAGCAGUGCUGCUUGUGGGGGAAGGGCAGCUGGGACACUCGUGUAAUUCUUGUUCUCUCCCUUCUGGAGGGUCCUUGUGACUCUGCACGACACCAUGGUGAUGGGCGUGCACCUGGAAGGAGGCAGCUGGGGUGACAAUCUUCAGGUUUCUGACUGUCUUCCUGGGACAGAGGAAAUAUUGACAAAGUGCAUCUGAGCCCUCGAGCUGAGGGCAGUGGCUGGUUCUGUGUCCAGUGCUGGCUGUGCUUUUACCUUCAGAAAUCUCGACUCCCCUGCCCCCUGAGCAGCAUUCAGGGGAAAAGGAGUCCAGAUUCUGUGUUGGGUCCUAGCUGGGCUCUGGAGCAUGGCACUGCGAUCCCCACCAGGCUGCAUUAGCAACGUUCCCAAAAAGCCAGGCCCACAUUCUGCCUUCUGUUAUGUGUGCCCAGACCCAGUGACGCCCGUGAGCUGCAUGGGAGCAGCCCCUUGGAGUCCCCUUGCUGUCCCAGCGUGACAGGGUGGCAGUGAGGAUAUUGUCACCCUUCCUGGUCUGGUACAACCCACCUGGCAGAGCCACUCCCUCUGGAGCACUGGAGUUUUCUGUGGAACUACCAGAGCAUCCUUUCGUCUUCCCUAUGCGGAUUGGCUGCUGCAGCCCCAUGUCCUCACUGGAUAUGCUGGUGCAGAAUUGGUGCCACGCUUUGUGACAUCCCCUCCGGGAGGUUUUGUCUCCCACACGGGCUGGUGAGGUACCAAACAUGUCCUCUCCCUGAGCCAUCUGACACCCCAGUCCCAGCUGCACUGACAGUCCCUUUGGGGCUCAGCCAUCUCCCAGAGCUCUGCCCUAUGACGCUGGUCACAUCUCCACCAAACACAGCCUUGUCUCAUCCCAGGGAACACAGGGCUUUACCAAAGAGUUGCCAUGUUGCUUGGUAACACCCGCAGUGCUGGGAAUAUUUUUGUUUUAGCAGCGAGCGCCUUAUCGGCCUGGGUGCUGUCUGCAUGUCCCUGCAGUGCAGCAUAACCAAGCAGAGCUGCAGGUUCUUUGCAUUGUUCAGCCCCACAGGGGUAGGGAGCACCAGAUUGUAAAGAACAGGUUUGCACAUCCCUGCCACGUCCGGGUGCUUUGUGCCAUAGGGAGCAGCAUGAAUGGAGCUAGGGAUUGUACUAAGCAUAGUGUCUUCCGAAGGAGCCAAUCCAGGCGAACUGGGGAAUCCGUUUGGAAUUUGUUUAAAUAGCACCAGCCCCGCAGGGGAUUUUCCUGCCAGCGGAAGUCGGGGGGAUGUGCUGGGAAGUGCACUUCAUGGAACGGAACCAAGCGG